AUGCUGCUGCAUGUCAAACGCAACGUGCUGCCGACUGCCUACACGGAACAAGAGCAAGCAAGGUCUGCCACUGGAGCGUCACCUGCAGUUGCGUCGACACGAGGCGAGCAGAACGGUUGGACCCGACUCACCCCGCUCUGUGUGUGCAAGCUUCUUCGGAACACAAAGGCACAAAGAUUGAAAAAAGAGUCACCCAUGUGCCACGAAUAUACCUUCCACCGUGCUCUGGAACUCACGAAUAAAAUAAGCGAGCCGCUCUGGCAGUCUUGUCGUGUGUUGCUUUGCGUUCGAGCUCUCCCGUAA